GGUAAGCUAAGGGUGAAAGAAAUUUAAAGAUUUCUUAAUUGUCUUACAAUAGCCACAGAAGCAGUCUUACGACUCAUGUAAAUGUAACUAUGUGGAGCUUAACCGGUUUCCAUGAGAAGUAUUUUGUUAGCUUGGACUUGUUAAAUAUUUAUGUAGCUGAUGGUUGGAUACAGAAACUGAACCUGCCCGUAGUUGAGACACCCAAAGGAACUCUGCAAUAAAAAUCAUAGUGCACAUUGUUUAUUGCAUGUCGUUAUUGUGUGUUCAUAUACUCCAGAUAUUGCAUCUGAAUUGUAGUUUGUUUUGAAAAAUCUUUGCCUUUUGUUUUGUAUGACAACUCAGGAGCAUGUGACAGUGUACAGAGAACUAACUUUUUUAGUUAUUUUUUUACAGCAUCUUGUCAUUUCUGUUUCAGUAUGAUUUCCACACUCUUAACAACAUUUUUUUAUGUUACUUUCUGGAGCUUUUUUGUGGUUUUUUUUGUGGUUUAUAAUUUUCUACUGGUUCUGUUUUGCUACAGCAUCUGGCCUCAGUUACAGUGCAUAAACUAUUUUGGAUGCACUCAGCAAUUUUGGGACACUAUUUUGCUUCAUAGCGCAAUUCUUGUCAGUCUCCUUUAGCUGGUAUCAUUUUGUGUUUGCUUUAAACUUUAAAGCUCGUCUUCCACUUGUACAGUCCCAUGCAAAAAAUUUAGGAAUUAGCAAGUUUUUUGGAAGCCUCUCUAGAGCCUUAUUGUCUUAUAUAUGAACUAAGAGAAUGAUCCUAACGUCCUUAACUGUAACUGUGCUUUAACAAACUUGUUUUGCAAUAGACUAUAAUCACUAUUUUUGGUAGAUAUGGACUUUGGCUGUGUAAUAUUACGGUUGGUCAUGUUGUAUGUUUCCUACUCUCCUCCCUGCAAGUGCAAGUGAUAUAACUAAACUAUCAUGAUUGUAGGAGGCCUUUGCAUCAAUGCAACCAAAUGAAUUAACCUACGUUGUAAUUGUAGGUUUUGUUCAGAUUGGUAGACCAUUGGUUGCAAGAUAAUGUGCACCAUGUGUAAUGUUGGACAAUGAUAGCCAUGUUGUAAUUUAUC